UCAAGGAAAUCCAGUUAUUAGAACAAGAAGCAAUUUUAGUUUAGACAUGGAAGGCGAGGAGAAAGACAAGAAGCAGAAGAAGGAGUUGGAGCUGGGUCUGGCUGAGGCGAAGGCGGAGAUAUCAAAGCUGAAACAGGCCCACAAAGAGGUGGAGGAAGAAUGGAAGAAAGAAGCGGCUAUGCAUAGGGCCACUGCUGCAGAUGCGGCGCGUGCAGCUGCAGACGCGGCCCGUACAGGGCCCUCUGGUGGAGGAUCAGGACCCGGGUAUCAAACGGUGAGCAUGGCAGACGGCGGUAGCCAGUUGAUGAGCGGUCGUUUUGGCACUCGAAACCCGCCGAAGCACCCGAACGAACCGGGGAAGUUUAUGAGCUGGUCACGGAGGAUGCGGACUUUCCUCGCUGUAGAAGGUCUGGAACAAACCCUUGAUCACCAACCCCCUACUGGCUACGUCCACAUCAUCGGCUGUCCGGAUCGCAACUACCUAAACCGCAUUCAUGGAGCGCCGCUGGUGACAGCACACUUGCGGGCGUGGGGGUACCUUGUGGAAUCAACUAGCGGUUCGGACAUCGAAGAAACGCUGUUUGCGUGUAGCUGCGUGCCGGAGGCGUGAACCGCUAUCCGUGAAUGGUCUUUGCCCACUACUGAUGCUGAGCAGAGACUGCUUGAGCGACAGUUGGAGACUGUUGAGAUGUCCCCUGGCGAAAACCCGAAGCUUUUCUUCGCCAGAGUCGACGGUAUCGUCAACACCAUGCGAGCUGUCGGCAUUGAAAAAUCCGAACGGCAAAUUGUGCAAACAAUUGUCCGCCAGCUUUCGUCUGAUUACGAUGUCGAACGCAAGACCACCCUAUCCGAUUCCGACAUCUCUCGUGCGGGAGUUGAAAGCAUUGUUCGCAAGGCGUAUGCUAACAUUGUUGCCAAGCAGCUUGAGAAGGUGAAAGUGUCUCCGUCGACGUCGGUGCAGCCGGGCCACGAUCCUCACGCGCUUGCUGUUAGUGGUUUUAGGUCCGGCGGCAGCGGCGGCGGUAGCAGCGGCAACGGCGGUAGCGGUGGCGGUGGCAACGGCGGUAACGGCGGUAGCGGCGG